AUGCUUGCUGAGCUUGGGAAAGGUGCAUGUUAUACAUACAAGCUCCACCACCUGCUUUUGAAUUCAACGAAGCGACGCAUUUGCGUUAAUUCAAGGAAUCUUCAGUCUCAGCAGACUUCGAUUGAUGACAAUGACAUCGAAGCCUUUGCCAAAUUAUCUUCCGAUUGGACAAAGGAAAAUGGUUCCUUUAAAGCAUUGUAUUCUAUGAAUCGGCUCCGGCUACCAUUGAUUGUUGAUACGAUCGGUCGGAGAACUGAACAAGGCCAUGAUUCUCUUUUGGGCUUACACAUUGCUGAUAUUGGAUGUGGUGGUGGAAUAUUAACUUUUCCUAUGGCACGGUUGGGAGCUAGCGUUGAAGCUGUGGAUGCCUCCUCUAAUGUAAUUGCUUCGGUAGAAGAAGCAGAAAAUUGUUUCCGUCAUGAAAAUCGUGGAUUAGGCAAAGCGACAUUUAUUUGCUCAUCAGUUGAAGAUUUUGCUGCGAAAAAUGCUGGAAUGUUCGAUGCAGUUGUCGCAUCCGAAAUAAUCGAACAUGUUACCGAUGUGGAAUUAUUUGUAGAAUCAUGCAUUCAUUUGGUACGCAAAGAUGGUGCUCUCUUCUUUACAACCAUCAAUAAAACUAUCGCAAGUCGAGUGAUGGCCAUUUGGAUGGCAGAGAGAAUAUUGGGCAUUGUUCCACCUGGUAUCCAUAACUGGUCGAAAUUUGUUAAACCAAAAUUUCUGCAAUUGAUUUUGGAAGAAAAUGGUUGUAAUGUGCGUUUAUUGCAUGGCAUGAUUUACAAUCCUGUUACAAAUCAUUGGUCAUGGAGUCGGAACACAUUGAUAAACUAUGCUUUAGUUGCCAUCAAAAAUUAA